CAACUCAUACAUUACAUUAUUCGCCCCCCUCCUCGUACUACUCAACUGAAGUCCUAAACCCAACUACACUAGUGCGGUUGUGUGUUCUGUUGUUGUCUCCGUUCAUUACAUCGUAGCUCCGAUCACCGAGAAUGCGUAGUCUCGCUGCACCUCAUUCCUUCCGGGUUUUCGUCAACUCGCCCAUCUUUCGCCCCAUUAAGCUUCCUUUUCUCACUCUCAACCCUCUCUCUUCACCUUCCAGAAGAUCUCCAGCUUCCGUUCAAUGCGCUGUUCAAUUCCGCCCCUGCAUCGACAUCCACAAGGGGAAAGUGAAGCAAAUUGUGGGGUCGACCCUUCAAGACUUGAAAGGGGGUGACGGUUCGGAUCCCGUCACCAAUUUCGAGUCUGAUAAGUCGGCUGCUGAGUAUGCCGCGCUUUACAAACAAGAUGGACUCACUGGUGGUCAUGUCAUCAUGCUCGGAGCCGACCCUUUGAGCAAAGCUUCUGCCCUUGAAGCAUUACACGCUUAUCCUGGCGGUUUGCAAGUCGGAGGGGGAAUAAAUUCUGACAAUUGUUUGAGUUACAUUGAGGAAGGAGCAAGCCAUGUCAUUGUGACAUCUUAUGUAUUCAAUAAUGGACAAAUGGAUCUUGGACGGCUAAAAGAUCUUGUUCAAAUUGUAGGAAAAGACAGGCUUGUGUUGGAUCUCAGUUGCAGAAAAAAGGAUGGUAAAUAUGCAAUUGUCACUGAUAGAUGGCAGAAGUUCAGUGAUGUUUUUGUUGAUCCUGAUGUAAUGGAAUUUCUUGCCAAUUUUGCUGAUGAGUUUCUGGUUCAUGGUGUUGACGUUGAAGGGAAGAAGUUGGGAAUUGAUGAAGAGCUUGUGGCUUUGCUUGGCAAACAUUCACCGAUUCCUGUUACUUAUGCUGGUGGUGUGACUGAAAUGUCUGAUCUGGAGAGGAUAAAAACUGCCGGAAUGGACCGUGUGAAUGUUACUGUGGGCAGUGCAUUGGAUAUUUUUGGGGGGAACUUGGCUUAUGAAGAGGUUGUAGCUUGGCAUGCCCAGCAAAAUGCCUCUGCAGUUUAAUUAGUAUGUUUUCUUUUAGUUGGGGGCUGGGACUGGUUAGCAAGGAUUUGUUUUUAGUGUUUUUCUAGGUGUGUAACCUUGUAUCAUGUGAUUUUUAUAUCAGUUUUUAUUUGAUUCUAGCAUUUGCCUUCUUCAUUAACUUUUGUGAUUCUGACAUGAUUAUUAUUUGCCACUAAUUUGCACCUUUA